AUCGUGUUUCGCGAAUGGUGACGAACUUCCUGCUUACAUUUAUCUCCAUUUCACCGACGAAGGAUUUUAAAGGGAACAAACUAUAUAUCAGAUCUGUUUUAGGAAUGAACUGCUGUUGACAACAACAACGAUAUAAAGAAGCUCCGUAUAGUGUUACAAACAGCUUAGUGUGGUUUAGGAGCUCAUAGGCAGCCUGUUUGCUAUGCCGCACUGUGUCUCUACGGUUUGGAUGUCUUGUCUCCCAAGGACAUGGGAUUUAGGAAGGCACAAAUCGCUGGGUCAAUACUUUUUACUGGAAUAUACGUCUAAUUGUGAUAUGGUAAAACACUAAAUGUUACGACAGUUUUCAGAUUGUUUUUGUCAGUGCUUUUACUGAUCCAAUUGAUCAGAAUAGACCCAAUGCAGCAGUGGUCGGAUGUUUACAUCGAAUGGAAGGCUUUUGCUGGUUGUAGUUUUUCUCCUCAUAAUCAGAUCCCACCCGGUCCUGUCGCGACAAUAGGAAGAUAUAACUUCAAAAUAAGUGGAAUUUAUGGGAUCACAAGUUUCAUCAGAAGAGAUGAGUGUGAGAGCGGGGCAGGGCAGUGACGAAGUGCUGGUGUCACAGGCCGUGUGGGAUUACCUGGCGGCUGCUGGGAGGCGCUGGCUGCUGGAGUUUGAGGAUAAGCAGGGACUCAGCGCGGGCAUCAUUCGCCGAGGGGAGCGCGGGGGCUGCUGUGCUGUGAGGCUGCAGCCAGUGGAAGGCAGCAGCCAGGGAAGAGCCAGGAUGAUGGAGGGGUCGGUCUCCCCCGCCAUACGGAAGGCCUUCAUAGACCUGUGUCGCUGUGCCCGCAAGGAGAUGACCAAGCUGGAGGGUGCCCCUAAACGGAAGCGCUCUCUGUUGCCCUGUGUGGGGGGGCCCGAGUUGGACGGAGAGGGCAGCCUGCUUUCCCCGCCGCCUCCACCUCCCCAGCCACGACGUUCCCAGAGGCAGCAGCAGCAAAGGUCCAGGAGGAGCAGCGACCUGGAGACCUGCUUGGUCCUCCCAACGCCGCGUCACGAGAUGACCACUCAGCCAAGGACAGAGGCUGAGGCCAGUCCUAUGGCUUCUGUUGCCAUGGCCAUAGGUGCUGAGGUGAGCAAGGAGGAGGGCAUCGGCAGCGGCAGCAGCAGCAGCUGCCCCAUCUGCAUAGGAGAGAUGGUCGACAGAACCACGCUGGAGAAGUGUGGCCACACCUUCUGCCGCUCUUGCUUGGACCAGGCCUUCCGGGUUAAGCGGGCAUGCCCAGUAUGCCGUCUAGUGUACGGGCAGCUCAUCGGCAACCAGCCUGCCAAUGGAACCAUGAUGGUGGAAAGAGACCCAGACCUGGAGUUAUCUGGUCACGAGGGCCAUGGCUGCAUAUGCAUCAUCUACAGCUUUCCUCCUGGCUUGCAGGCGGAGGAGCAUCCAAACCCAGGAGUCAGGUAUCCUGGCACGGACCGAGUUGCCUACCUGCCCGACAGCCCCGAGGGGAACCGAGUCCUGGGCCUGUUGAGGCGGGCCUUCGAGCAGCGUCUCAUCUUCACCAUUGGCACUUCCAUGACCACAGGCAUGCAUAAUGUCAUCACCUGGAAUGACAUUCACCACAAGACCUCGAUAUGGGGAGGACCACGCUGCUUCGGUUAUCCAGACCCCACUUACCUGGUUCGAGUGACAGAGGAGCUGCGGGAGAAAGGGAUAACGGCUGACUGACGGGCCGAGCACGCUGCACUUUUUGGAGUACAAGCGAGAGGAGCGGUGGUGGUGGCGGUGGUGUUCGCUCUACCCACUGGUUCUUCUCCCUCCAGGUUCCCUCCAGGUCAACCAGAGGCAUGGCCGUCAGCAACAGCUGUGGUGCAAUCAGGAGACAUCCUGUGUUUGAUCCAGCUCUUCUGUACUAUCAUAGACAUCCGUUCAGUUCUUCUGAGUUGUGUUCAUUACAGCUCUUUGAGUGAUGUCAUUGCAAGUCCAAGUGCAAUCCAGUGAUCUAUGUCACUUUUCUAUGGUAAAAAGGAGCACUUCCAAAACGAACAGUAAUGCAAGCUGCUUUGUGGGUAGGCACCUAUGUUGCGUUAAAGAGUGUAAACAUUUUACUUACACUGUUAUGGUAAAAUGCAAAAUGUUAAGGAUUCUUCUUAUUUCAAGCACACAACCAUAGUUGGUUUUCUAAUCACCUUGUUAGUGAAACAAGUUUGAUGGUUCAGUGAUGUUAUCUGUUCAUCUCGGGGUCAAAUGUGACGGCACAACUUGGAUGGUUAAGGCCAGGGAGUGCAAAAAAAAGCCCCAUGCUCAAGAAGCAUUGCAAUCAGCACUAUCAGGCACUUUGGCCUUGCGUAAGCGCAGGUAAACAAUGGCUUUAGAAUUGAGAAGGCUGGGUUUCUGUUUUGCGUUCUAGAACGAGGAGCGAGGCUGUAGAGGCUUGAUCAAACACAUGCCCAGUUAUCUUAUACACACUCCAGAUUUGAUAAGCUUCUGCGAGACCUCCAGUUUGUCCUCCAGAACCUCUGGCCUCUCCUCUCUCCCGGCGAUCGAUCGUUAUCAGAGUGCAGUCACUGCCCUGAUGUAGUGGAACCCACAAUGGAGGGUCUGGGCGUCGCAUUUUUAUGUUUGGGUUGUUUCCUCCUACUCAUCCUUUAGAUUUUGUUAUGUUUGUGACUUGUAAUGUGCUGUUUUCCACACAGGUUGAUGGUAGAACCACUCAAGAGAUAUUCACGACUCAGUAUGUCCAUCAGAUUUAUAUAAUGAUGUCAAAAUUCAAAGGGCAUGUACACCACUUGACCAAAUCAAAUACGCAAAAUAUUGCUGAGAUGCGUGUACGCUUUGCUUUCAAAUGCCAGGCCGAGCAACAUGCACAGUGUGUGGUGAGAGAUUUUAUUCAAUAAUGUUGAGUUGUUUGGAUUACAACUAGUUUUAUGUGUGGCAGGGCAAUGAUAAUCAGGAAGUAUGUCAAGUUAUUGAUUCACAAUUAAUUAGAAUCGUGCCUUCAAACGACAGAGCAAAGAUCAGAGCAUGAGCGUUUCAAUAAAGUUUAUUUUCAGAAAAUAAUCUGUUCCUAGUUGAAAUUGUGAACGAUAUGUUUAAUUGGGCUUAAAACAUCCCACUAGUGAUCAUGCAAUGACAAUGUACAUCAUACGUAAUAGCAUUAUUGACUUAGAAUAAUAAAUUAAAGCAGCCAUAGAUAUGAUUAACCUCAUGUUUGACUGUGUGGAAGUUGUUUAGGCGGAGUUUAUGCCCACACUAAGUUGGUCUGCCUUUCUCAUCUACUGUAACUCUCACCAUAUUAAUUUCUGUAUUGUCACAUCAAGGUCUUAGGAAUCUGACUUUUUUCUGUUGAGGGACCAACACCAAUAUAAUUUGGAGAGAGGCAGGGAGUUUACACAAACUACCUUGCUAAAUUUUCUAUGCAGUGUGAGUGGGAAACAAUACAAUUAUUGAUUGUUGACUGAAUGGUACUAAUUUCCUUUUAUAGUUGUGUUGAUUUGUACUCAUGAUUGAAUUGUCUGUUUAACUUUUGAGAUAUGUGCUUUACAUUUUCAUACUUGAAUAAAAGAAAGUUAUGUUCCCCUGA